AUGGGGAAGGAGCAGGAGCUGCUGGAAGCCUCCCGGACCGGGAACGUCGUCCUGGUGGAGAAACUGUUGAGUGGGAGGAAGGGGAUCCUGGGGUCCGGGUCCGGAUCCAUCCCCUUGCCCAACCUGCUCAGCAUGUGGAAGGGCCUGAAUGUGAACUGCACAGACAGCUCAGGAUACACACCUCUACAUCACGCUUCACUCAAUGGACACAGGGACGUGGUGCUGAAGCUGCUUCAGUUUGAGGCGUCCACACAUGUGUCGGACAGCAAAGGCUGCUUCCCGCUGCACUUGGCCGCCUGGAGGGGAGACGAUGAUAUUGUCCGAAUCCUCAUCCACCACGGACCCUCGCCCUGCCGAGUCAACCAGCAGAACCAUGAGAGGGAAACGGCUCUUCACUGUGCGGCCCAGUACGGACACUCGGAGGUGGUUGCAGUGCUGCUCCAGGAGCUGACCGACCCCACGAUGAGGAACAGUCAACAGGAGACGCCCCUGGACCUGGCGGCGCUGUAUGGACGACUUCAGGUGGUGCGCAUGCUGGUGAGCGCUCACCCCAACCUCAUGACCUGCCACACUCGCCGACACACUCCGCUUCACCUGGCUGCGCGGAACGGACACCACAGCACGGUGCAGACGCUGCUCGAUGCCGGCAUGGACGUCAACUGUGUGACGGAGAAUGGCAGUGCCCUCCACGAGGCAGCUCUCUUUGGGAAGAUGGAUGUAGUUCGCCUUCUGCUCGACUCAGGAAUCGACACCAAUCUGACAGAUUGUCAGGGUAGAGCAGCUCUGGAGAUCCUGAGGGAACAUCCUGCACCCAAAUCCCAGCAGAUCACUGCUCUUAUCCAAGAUUAUAUGAUAGAUGAGAUGGAGAGGAUGAGUAUCGUGGAGGAGCCUGUCAGGAAGUGUCCCAUCCCAGCACCUCGAACCUCGAUCCCCUCACCCUGCGCCUCCCCCUCCCUCAGACACAAGAAUGAUGCUGUGACGAGCGAGCUGUCCAAGCUGCUCCACGAGAUGAAGAAGUGCCGGGACAGGGACUACUCCUUCGAGGAGCUCUGCCACACCAUCUCCUCCCACUCCAUGGACAGCUUCGGGAGCGGGCGGCUGUCAGACGAGGACCGGCCAGAUCGACCCAACGGGACCCUGACCCGGGGCAACAAGCGCCCCACCCCGCCUCUUCCUCCUGCCCUGGAGGAAGAUGAGGCCGAAAGAAGCUGCGGCCCCACUGGAUUCUGGGAGGCCCUGACGCCCUGCAACGGCUGCCGCAACCUGGGCUUCUCCAGCCUGUCACAGGACUCAAAGUUUUCAGGAGAGAUCAUCACGUCACCAUCUCUGGAUGUUUUCCUUCCCGAGGACGAGGACAACCCGUACGAGUCUGUGACGACCGCCGUCACACGCAAACCCUGCUCGCUUGAUAUCAACCUCCGGCUCAACAGCGGGCCCCGCAAUGGCUGGAGAACACGUCUGAAGCUGACACUACCAGUGUGUCACGGUAACCAUGGCAACUGCUCAACGGGCCCCACUCCAGACUGCUCUCCCCCCUCCCCCGACACGGCCCUGAAGAACAUCGAGAGAGUCAUCCGCCCACAGCCCAAGCAGCGGACCUCUCUGUCCUCGUCCCUGGACGUCCAGAGGCCGGUAAACCAUAGCUGUGAGCCCAGCGAGGUGAGCUCGUCCCUGGGCUACGCCAGCUUCAGCACCAGCCCCCCCGCCAGCCCCCCCCUCAGCCCCAACCAGGAAGACUCUGCAGGCUCCAACGACGACUGUCAGCUCACAGACGACGGGCCGUACCAACGAGACCCUCCUCCUCCUCCUCUCUGCUCCUCCUCCACAUUGAACCCUCUGUUGGAGGAUCGAAGGAAGAGCCACAUCCCGGAGGAGUUUGCAGGCCUCCUUCAUGGCUCUUCUCCAGCCUGCGAGACCCCCGACACGCCUUUCCACCUCUACAGUCCAAAAUCUCGUAAAUAUGCCUCCACAGACGUCCAGAGCAGUUUGCUGCAAACCCCAGAGUUCAGCAUCGUGAUCGGAGGAGGUUCCACUCAGGUCUCCUCCAGGACAGGGGGCGAGUCGUUGCCUCAGAGGACCGCCAACGACCCGCAAAAGCCUCAGGUGGUGUACCGGACUAUCUUCCACACCAGGGUCAACCAGGAUCAGGCUCGACCCAAGAAGUGUGAUCAGCGGGAUCAGCCUCGUGGGUGGUCUACGUUGGACCGCCCACCCUCCCACUACUCCAGUCAAAACCAGAAAGCUCCAGAGUCACAGGGGAUCCAGACGUCGGGCGAAUCCAAGGACGGUUCAUCUGGGGCUGGCUUCGAGGAGAGGGCUUGCACCCUGGGGAGGAUGAGGUCCAUGCCCCGGAGCGUGUUGGACCUGCAAUUGUCAAAGUGUAUUUCCAAGUCAGAUUCCAACCUGGUAGCUGUGUCUCCCGUACAGGACGAGCACAGUUGGGGGUCUGGAUCUCGGGGCCAGGGGCCUGGAAGUUCGAACCCAGGGGAGGGUGCCAGCCCUGGGGGGAGACUGGAGAGAACGCCUUCCUUCACUGCUGAAUGGGAGGAGAUCGACAAGAUCAUGAGCUCCAUCGGGGCAGGGAUAGGAAGCGGAUUGGACAUUAAGGAGGACGUCUCGGGUCCCCGCUGCCCGCUGCAGUCUGUGGGUCAGUGGCUCGACUCCAUCGGCCUGGUCCAGUACGAGAACCACCUGCUGGCCAAUGGAUUCGACAACGUCCAGUUUAUGGGCAGCAACGUGGUGGAAGACCAGGACCUGCUGGAGAUCGGGAUCCUCAACUCAGCCCACAGACAGCGCCUCCUUCAGGCCAUCCGGCUGCUGCCCCGGAUUCGGCCUGUGGGUUACGAUGGCAACAACCCGACGUCGGUGGCGGAGUGGCUGGAGUCGUUGGAGCUCGGCGACUACACCAAGUCCUUUCUCAUCAACGGAUACACGUCCAUGGAGCUCGUCAAGAAGAUCUGGGAGAUCGAGCUCAUCAAUGUGUUGAAGAUCAAUCUCAUCGGACACAGAAAACGCAUCUUGGCCUCGUUGGGGGACCGGCUACACGAAGAAACUCCACAGAAACCUCCGCGGGCCGUCUCCCUCAGGGAGCCCGGCGGGAACCACACUCCUCCCCAGCUCAGCCCGUCGGUGGGCCAGGCGGCGUACACGGCGGGGGUCCCGGGCGGAUCUCUAGACGUGCAGCACCUCAUCAUGCAGGCAGACGCCCGGCGCAGACAGCGCAGCAACGACAACUACUUCGAGGACGUGCCGCGAUCCAAGCUGGAGCGACAGAUGGCCCAAGUCAGCAUGGCAGGCGAGUGGUGCGAGCCAAUCACGUUGCGUCCACCCAACGAGGCCACCUCGUCCACGCCGGUUCAGUACUGGCAGCAUCACCCCGAGAAGCUCAUCUUCCAGUCCUGCGACUAUGAAGCCUACUACCUGGGUUCCAUGCUGGUGAAGGAGCUGAGAGGGACGGAGUCAACACAAGAUGCUUGUGCCAAAAUGAGGAAGUCGACAGAACAGAUGAAGAAAGUGCCGACUAUCGUCCUCUCCGUGUCCUACAAAGGAGUGAAGUUCAUCGACGCCACAAAUAAGAAUAUCAUCGCAGAGCACGAGAUUCGUAACAUCUCGUGUGCGGCUCAAGAUCCAGAGGAUCUGUCCACGUUCGCCUACAUUACCAAAGACCUCAAGUCCAGUCACCACUACUGCCACGUCUUCACUGCUUUUGAUGUGAACCUGGCGUAUGAGAUCAUCCUGACGCUCGGCCAGGCCUUCGAGGUGGCCUACCAGCUGGCUCUGCAGGCCAGAAAGAGUGGCCACGGGUCGUCCACGCUGCCCGAGAGCUUCGACAGCAAGCCCAACAAACCUGUGCCCAAGCCCCGCGUCAACAUCCGCAAAUCUAUGGAGCAGCCGUCCAUGGACCAAAAGGGCCACGCCAACGUGCCGUGGAUUGUGGAGCCGGGUCAGGAGGCCAAGAGAGGAGUCAACACCAAGGCAAUGCCGGAAGCUCAUGUCUAUUACUGUGGAAUACAAAGAAUGUAGCCAGCCCUAAACACGGACCUUGUCACACUUACAAUGCAAAAAGGACUACAAAGGACUACAAACAUGGAUGCCACCCCAGUGUUUAAGGUUGACUACAAAAUAUUUCGCAUCAUUCAUUCACACAAUGCUUGACACAGUAAACUUUGGACCAAUACACACACACACACUAACUGCAUCUCCACAGACCACGGUCUGCUCUGAAUGUACACUUAUCUGAAGCAGCCUCAACUUUCUGCAACUACAGCAGGAUCUGUUUUAUGCAGCCAGCUGGGAGGCAUGACCUUUGAACUUUGGGAGGGGGGGUUAGAGGUCAUCUGUCGGACACAGACACUGGCCUGGCUAAAGGCACCACUGGGCAUGUGUCAAUGUUGGAAUGGGAAAUGUGUAAGAGAACGUCAGGCUGGCUCUUUUUGGUCUUUUUAUUUUAAAGUCAGAAAAAUAAUAGAGAUAUAUGCACAAGCGUGUCAAUGUGAUUGGACUAGCUGCCGCACGCUUCAACCGCAACUGGUGUGUCAUUGCAGCGGAGGAUGAAACUAUGUGAACAAAAACUGCAUCUGAUGUUUAAAAAAAGUAUUCUAUUCGUAUUGCCCGACAUUUUAAUGUUUAAUAUGAGAGUAUUAUAUUACCAUGAUGAUUAUGAUUAUUCUUGUGCAAUUCUUGUCUACUGUUGUCUUAAUGUUACAUUAUUUUUCUAUGAUAUGCUGAGAUGAAAACGUCGAGCUUGAGAAUGAUGGCCAUCCUUUAAAAAACAAUGUACUUGUACACAGAGAGUGAAUGUUGCAGGUGGCUCGCUAGCUCUGGUCAGGUCAACCCUCCAUCAUUUCUCAUGGGGCUCUACUCUUAUCUAGCAGAUGUACUAUUUUAAACGCAGUAUUACUGUAUCAUUUGGAUGACACAUUGUCCAAUUAUAAAAUGUACAUAGAUAUUUUGCCAACUCAUUGUUCAUACAUGUAAUGUAAAAGAGAAAAGAAUAAAGGAUUUGCAGUACACGGCACUGGAAACAAGGUACCAGAAUAAAGUUUGGAAGUUUAAAAAAGAACGUGUUAGGCUGUAGAGAUUGUAUUUUGAGUGAAAACUGAAAUGGGUAAUAUGGUGACAUCACUGCUGACCAACUAAUGUACAUAGGCUUGGGCUUCCAGCACACUGAUUUUUGUAAUUUGGGCCAUUAUUUAUAUCCUUGUAAAGCACAUGAAAUAAAAUACAACUUGUACAACCAUAA